UCGUUCGGUGCUCUGAUGCAGUGCGUUUCUUUAUAAGGCGAAGAGACACACGGUGGGAGAGACCCAUCGAGAAGCGACAAGGGCGGGAGGCGGGUCGUGAUUUGGUAGGUUGGUUCCUUGAAGAUGACGUGGGCAACUUCGUAUGAUGCUCUGAUGCAGAGCGUUUCUUUAUAAGCCGAAGAGACGCACAGUGGAAGAGACCCAUCAAGAAGCGACAAGGAGAGAGAGAGAGAGAGAGAGAGAGAGAGGGAGGGAGAGAGAGAGAAAUGGUGGUGAAGGUGUACGGGCCUGACUACGCGUCGCCGAAGCGAGUGCUGGUGUGCCUAAUCGAGAAGGGCGUCGAGUUCGAGACCGUCCCUAUCGAUCUCUUCAAGGGCGAGCACAAAGUCCCCGAGUUCGUAAAGCUCCAGCCCUUCGGAUCAGUUCCUGUGGUUCAAGAUGGCGACUACACUCUUUUCGAAUCGCGGGCCAUCAUAAGGUAUUAUGCCGAGAAAUACAAGCACCAAGGGACCGACCUGCUGGGGAAGACAAUAGAGGAGAGGGGGCUUGUUGAGCAGUGGCUCGAAGUCGAGGCCCAGAACUUCCAUCCGCCAAUCUUCGACCUCGUCCUCAAAAUUGUCUUCGGCCCAUUUAUGGGACUUACCCCAGAUCCGAAGCUGCUCCAAGAGAGCGAGGACAAGCUCUGUAAGGUGCUGGACGUCUACGAGGAGAGGCUGUCGAAAAGCAAGUACCUGGCGGGGGAUUUUUUCAGCCUCGCCGACCUGAGCCACCUCCCGUUCACGCAGUACUUGGUGGGCAAAAUGGGGAAGGAGUGCCUGAUAAGGGACCGGAAGAAUGUCAGUGCGUGGUGGGACGACAUCUCGAGCAGGCCUUCCUGGAAGAAGGUCGUCGAGCUCUGGCCCGGCCUGUAUUAGGACUGUUUUAUUAGGCGUGCCGGAUGCACCCGAGUCCUUGGUCCAUGCGAAGGAGGAGUCACUUUUCGUGGACUAGCGAGUCUCUCCGUGCCUAAUUAGUAUGUUACUACUCGAUCCCAAUCGGCGGAUUCGGGGGAUCGAAUAAGCUUUGUUGAGUCUGAUUUGUAAAGAUCACGUGUCAACUGGGAUCACUCCAGUGUA